CAACCAACCUCAUUUACUAAGUUAACAACCUCAUUUACCAAGAAGUAUAUUCCGUACUUAGAAGUGCACGAAGAAAGACUUGGAAAUGCAUGGAAAAACACCCCACCUACAAAACAUGAGUUGGGCCAAAACGAGCCCAAUCUUACACCUUCUUAGUCCAAAGGGUUGAUGAAAAAAAAAAAAUAGUUCCAACUAAAUCCCAAUAUCUUACAUAACUAACGACAUUUCCCGCCAAAAAUAAAACUAAUCCUGCCAUCCUUUCCUUUCUUGGCUCACAAUUCCUUGGGUAAGGAGCAAUGGCUUCUCCCACCACCUCUUUCCUCACUCUCUCUCUUCUCCUCCUCAUUCUCCUCCCUAUCUCCUCCGCCACCUCCGCCACCCUCCUUGACGCCGUGGAGAUCCUCUCCUCCUUGGGGUUCCAAUGCAUGGCCCUGCACCUCGAACUAGCCUCCCAAACCCUCCAACCACACCACUCCCUCACCAUAUUCGCCCCCACCGACGCCGCCUUCGAACGCCUCCCACACCACCUUUCCCUCUCCCUCCUCCGCUACCACCUCCUCCCCCACGCCUUCUCCCUCCACAGCCUCACCUCCCUUCCCUUCGGCGCCAGCAUCCCCACACUCCUCCCCAACCACUCCCUCACCAUCACCACCACCAGCCCCACCAUCACCAUCUCCAUCAACAACGUCACCCUCCUCCCCUCCCGCGUCUUCCAUCACCCCAACCUCACCAUCUUCCCCACCACCAACUUCUUCGACCCACGCUUCCACCUCACACCCCCACACCCCCGUCCAAAACCAAACCCUCCCACCAUCUGCCUCCCUUCUCCCCACAACCCCCUCUCCCGCGCCGCUCGCCUCCUCCGUUCCCACCGCUUCUCCCUCGUCGCCUCCCUCCUCGACCUCCAGCUUCCCUCCGCCUACAACCGCUGUAAACUCACUCUCUUCGCCCCACUUGACAAGGCGCUGAUUCACGCCAGGCACAACCUCACCCAUCUCUCUGCGCUUCUUCGCCACCACCUCGUCCCCUGCAAGAUCGUCUGGCGCGAACUUGUAGAGCUCAGGGACGGAACCUUGAUUGGGACCUACGAGAAAGGGUUUUCUCUCAAUGUCACCAUGUCCAAGACUCACACUUUGUUGCUCAAUGGUGUGCAGGUCAUUUUUCCCGAUAUGUUUCGCGGUGACUGCCUCGUGGUCCAUGGCGUUCAACACGUUUUUUCGGGUCACAAUGUGAAACGACAUCACCAUGCAAAGCAUGACACGUAUCGGGUUACGGAUGCGCAAGAUUACGAUGAACAUGAAGUGUCUUCUCAUUCUCCCGAGUUUGAUGAUGACAACCGCCAUGGUGAGGGAAAUUCUGCAGGGCAUUACCACUUCUCUGUUUUUCAUUAGCUGUGUAUUCUGCGGUGUUUGUUCUUGUAGUUUUAGACAAUUCGGUCUUGAAUUGUUCUUUGUUAUGUUUUCUUGUUUUCUUCUUUUUUUUACUACGUGUUUUCUAGCUGACACAACAUUGGUCUUGGUGAGUUUAUUUGGAGAAGAAAAGUAUACUGCUGCUGCAUGAAA